AUGUCCAUGCGCGACUACGUGCAGAUGGCUCAACAUCUGACGUCGUGCAUCAUCACGCAUCCCAUGGACAUGUACACUCAAGUGAACGUGUUUGUCGAUGGCACGCGUGAAGGGCAGACUCGCCUAUUGCUGAAACGCGCGGAGCCUGCCACGUUGGAGGAGGCUUUCGCUAUCGCCCUCCGUGAGUACUUCAGUGUCACCAAGGCCUGCACCAAGCCUUCAGUUGUUACCGCUGUCAAAAAAGCGGGCCCGGAACCUAUGGAGAUCGAUGCAAUCGAGUCGUUGGGUGACCGACGACGCGCUACGUUCUACAAGGGCGACGUCCGUAUCGGACGUCAGAUGAUCUGCUUUCGAUUCCGAAAGCCGGGAUAUCGCGUGGCUGAAUGCCGCGCGCCAGCAUUUAUGUCGUUACACGCGAUGGACACCCAUCAUGAGGGAGGUGCUCCGCUAACUCGUCGAAAAAACGGACCACAAUAG